AUGACAACUAUUAACGGAUGUAAACCUUUUAUAAAGAUAAAUAAUAGUUAUUCAUUUCUAAAGAAUGCAGAUCCCGUUGUAAUGGAAACUUUGUAUAAGAGGAUGACAUUCUCUGCACCCAACUAUAAGCGUGGUAUCAAGAAUUCAACUAGUUCAAUACCAUUCGCAUCACCGUUUCACACUCUAAAAGUACCUUUCUUUGCACCGAAAACUGGUAAAUUCGCUACUGGAUUGCUACCAAUCGUUGCAAAUGAACUGUCAGAGUUGAACGUAGAUUACAAUCGUAUUGAUGAACGUAUUCCUAUACCUCAACUCUAUAGUAAUUGGGAUUAUUCAAUUAAACUACCUGAACUACAAGAAUCAUCAUCAUCAUCAUCAGACUCAAAGACAAAAUCAAAAACAAAGAAAAAGAAAUCAAAAAAGAGUGAAGAUGGAGAAGAAGGAAAAGGAGAGAUGGAACAAGAAUUAACGGAAUUGGACAAACAACAACAAAAGAUGAUUGAUCUCUAUGAAAAGUCAUUGGUUCCAACUAGAUUAUUCGAUAUGCAGAGCGAUGAUUUGGAACCAAAAGAAGUGGACAACGAUUUGUUGUUGGAUGACAGUGGUAAUGGUGUAAAGCUAUAUGAUUUUCAAGUGGAGAGCAUCAAUUUCGCGCUGGCAAAUCAUCGUGGUAUUAUAAAGUGUGCAACCGGUGGUGGAAAGACAAUGAUUCUCGCCAGUCUGAUCAAGGCACUCGGUGAUGAUGUAUCGGUGUUGAUUCUAGUUACCAAACGAUCACUGGUCACCCAGAUUCACAAGAGUCUUGUCGAAGCUGGUGUAUGCAACGCAGGCAGAGUGUCAUCCGAUUACUUUGAACCGAAGCGUGUCACCAUCUCAACGCUGAUGUCGGCACACAAGAUCGAAGAGCAAUGUCGACGCGCACAGGUAUUGCUAGUCGAUGAAGUUCAUGAAUUCACAUCGCCAACCGCUCGUAACGCAUUCAAAAUGUUUGACAACGCCUAUGCUCGCUUUGGAUUCUCAGCAACACCAUUCAAAAUAGAUGAUCCCAUUCAUAACAAUCGUAUUACCUCUGUUUUUGGUACAUUAUUAUGUGAUAUCACAACUAAAGCAUUGACCCAAAAGAAUAUAUUGGCAAAUGCAUAUAUACAUUUCUAUCCAAUUAAUUAUCAUAUUAAACAAAAGUCAACAAAGUUGGAAAAAAAGAAAGAGAAAUUGCUGGCGAGUGGUGUAGAAUUACAAGAUAGUGAAAAUAUUAUUUUAGAAGAUGAUAAAGAUGGUCAGAUCAAUGGAGAAACAAAAGAAAGUAAUAACAAUAAUAGUGGUGGUAAACUUUCAUUUUAUGAUAUAGAAUCAGAUUUAAUUGCAGAGAAUGAUUAUUUAAAUGAAUCGAUUGUAAAGUUGGUGGAUUCAAUCGAAUCUGGUAGAAUUAUGAUUUUGGUAAAGAGAAUAUCGCAUGGAGAUCGGCUGGCUAGAAUGAUGCCAAAUGCCUAUUGGGUAAAGGGUGACGACAAUGUUGAAACCAGAGAGUUUGUACUUCACAAGCUAAAGUAUGCAAAGAAUCAAAAGGUUGUAGCAAUCUUCUCUGCUAUUGGUUAUGUUGGUAUCGAUGUGCGUAUUCAUCAUCUCAUCAACGCUUGCGGUGGAAAAGAUCCAAAUAUGACACUACAGAAACUCGGUAGAGGACUUAGAACCGCUGACGAUAAACAACAUUUGGAUUAUCAUGAUUUCUAUUUUUCAGAAAAAGUAAAUAAAAUUCUAAAAUCACAUUCUGGAUCAAGAAUGUCAUUACUGAAAAAAGAAGGACAUACUGUAUUGUUAGAUAUGGAAUCAAUUGAUGAUCUAAAUAAUCAUAGAUUAGAUAUUAAUCAUACAAUUGAUAACAACAAUAUUAAUAAUAGUAUUAGUAGCAGUGUCGACACUGAUGUACAAUCAUCAACAACAACAACAACAAUAACAAAUAUAAAACCAAUAACAUCAGCAUCAUUAGUAGGUACAAGAGAUGAUAUAGAAUAUUUAGAUCACGAUCAUAUUAGAUAUAAUAAUGUACCGAUCACUAUCACUCUGAAUAAAGUGAAUGUAUCGCUACGAGGUGAAAGUGAGAAUGUAUUUACAAAGAUCGGACUGUGUGAACGUAAACAACAACGUUUGAUUCUCAAUAAUAUCUCUGCCAUUAUCAGACCUGGAAAGAUGUGUGCUAUUCUCGGUGGCAGUGGCAGUGGUAAGACGACACUGCUCAAUACGAUAAGUGGUCGGUUCUCAAAGGCAGAGAUGAAAGUCGACGGCCAGAUUCUCUUCAACGACAUCGUGAGUCCACCACCAGAGCUAGUAAAGAGUGCCGUCGGAUACGUCAUGCAAAAGGAUUACCUACUGCCAAAUCUGACGGUGCGUGAAUCACUGAUGUACUCUGCACGACUAAGACUACCAGUGGACAUGCCGAAACAAGAUAAAAUCAACCGGGUCGAAGAGGUCAUUGCUGAACUCGGACUGAGAGACUGUGCCAACACCAGAGUCGGAGGUAACGGAAAACGUGGUAUUUCCGGUGGUGAAAAACGUAGAGUUUCAAUUGGUUGUCAAAUGUUAACUGAUCCAAGUGUUUUAUUUCUUGAUGAACCAACAACUGGAUUAGAUUCAUUUACAGCCUAUCAGGUUACACAAACGAUGGUAUCGAUUGCCAGACAAAACAGAACAGUAAUAUGUACUAUUCAUCAACCUAGAUCCGAUAUUUUCAAGUUAUUCGAUCAAGUAAUGUUGUUAUCAAAAGGUCAACUUGUAUAUAUCGGUAGUACUUCAUCGAUGAUCGAACACUUUUCUCGAUUGAAUUUCAAGUGUCCAAAGAUGGAGAAUCCUGCUGAUUAUUUUAAUUAUAGAAGUGUAACAUUAGAACAGAAUUCAGUUGAUAGAUUAAGAGUGUUGGUUGCAGGCUUUCAAGAGAGUGAAGAGAAUCAAUUGAUGUUGAAUACAAUCGCUGAGAGUGUGACAAACAGUGGAGGUAAGAGUCGAUCUAUAAAAGAAGUAAAACUUUCUUCACAGCUACGUGCAUCUACACCUUUCUACUACUCGAUUCCCGCGCUUACCAGUCGAUCUUAUUUGAAUCAUUUGCGUGACGUUCCAGCUGCCAUCACAAGAAUCUCACAGAUCGUAUCGUUUGGUCUGAUGAUGUGUAUCUGUUUCUUGCGUAUCAGCGACGACCAAUACGGUGUGCAGAACCGGUCUGGUUUCCUCUACGAGUCGCUCUCUAUGAUUUUCAUUGCACUGCUCAACUGUGUAGCGCUGUUCCCAACCGAGCGUAAUCUCUUCUACCGUGAACGUUCCGACGGAUUGUACUCGACGCUUGCAUUCUUCUUCUCGUACGGUCUAGUGGAGUUGCCUUUCAACAUUGUUGGAUCGCUCGGCUAUGCAGCUGUCACCUACUUUACACUGGGUCUACAAAACUCUGCGGUUCGAUUCUUCCGAUUCGCUCUGGUUAUUUUCUUCUUGUUGUUCUCGGGCGAGUCUGUCGGAUUGUUUGUUUGUUCGUUGUUUUACGAUGUCGGAAUGGCCACUACCAUAUCGAAUGUGUUGCUCUCACUCUUCUCUGUGUUGGCCGGUUUCUUUAGACCGAACGGCGAGCUACCAGCAGUCUUGAAAUACUUUAACUAUGCACUGCCAACCAAGUGGGCAGCAGAGGUAAUCGCAAUCAAUGAAUUCCAAGGAUUGACAUUCGACUGUCCAGGCAACCAAGCGAUCAACGGUACUAUCUGUCCAAUUACAACCGGUGAACAAGUACUCGAAUCCUAUGGAUGGAACGACAUUAACAUCUAUCAAUCUAUCUACGUAAUGAUAAUCAUAUCCGUUGGCUAUAGAAUUAUAAGUCUAUUAACAUUACAAUUUAACAAAAGAGUUGUUGUAUUAUAA